AUGAUUGAUUUAGUGAAUGGCAACAUUGAACUCCACGAGGAAACUAUUAAUUAUUCUAAAACAAUCGGACACACAGGCAAAAAGACUACGACUUAUGUUAAAACCAUCUCAAAUGAUGAUAAAAUCGAAUCCAGAAAUAUACUUGGAUCAUAUAUAAGCAAUAACAGUACGAUAAAUAUGACCGAAAAAACAAACAACAUCACGAAAAAUUUAAUUAAUAUUUUUCAUAGUGAAUAUGCAGAUAAUAUUAUUAAGGAAAACAAGGUCGACUUAGAAGAAUUUGUAGAUUAUUACGAUUUUGCAGACGACAAUACUACCGAUUAUCCAAUAAUUGACUAUAUAGACUUAUAUAAAGACACAACAAAUGAAUUAGUCCAAGUUUUUGUUACAAAUUCAAAUAUAGAAAAAAAUUCGGACUACGUAACAGAAAUAAGUUUAAAUUAUAUGCAAAAAGAAGAUAAACAUGUGGGUGAAAAUUCAGAUUCAAGUAUACAACAGCUAUGCAACUUUAAUGGAACGUAUAAUGACAUAACCAGAUCUGUCUUCCCAUGGAUAACAGCGAUUUUCUUGAAAAACGGCACAAGCGAUCAAUUCGAGUAUUAUUGCGACGGUGUGCUGUUAUCAGAUAGAUUUAUUCUCACGGCUGCUCAAUGUGUUAUUCAAAACAAUGCUACUGUCGACGCUGAAAAUAUCAUCGUUUUAUUGGGAAAGAAGUCAUUGCUAGCAUUGGCAGAGAACGAGAAGGCUGUUAAGAUAAGGAAAAUAAUACUUCACGAAUACUAUACGAACAAAAACGAAAAAGUCGAGAACGAUCUCGCAAUUCUCGAAAUAGAAGAACUGAUUUCAUUUAACGAUGCAGCACAACCAGCAUGUGUUUUGAUGGAUGAAGCAUCAAAGGAUUUAAUUGAAGACAAUUUAGAAAUAGCUACAACCGGUUGGGCAGUUACUGGUGAAUUAACUUUUGUGCCGUUCGAUAAAGAAAAAAGUAAAAAUUGUAACAACGGUUCUAGAUUGGACGAUGUCUUUUGUGCAAAUUAUAAUAAUGCAGACUCUUUUACACACAGGGGCGCGAUAUUACCGAACUUCACGCAGACGAAGUUGCUGGCAAAAGAUGUGACAGUCUGCCCCAGCUAUGGAGGUGUCUUUGUGAGCAGAGCUAUAGACAACAUUUGGUACCUACGUGGCCUGCGCACUGGUGAUCCCACACAAAAGUCUUUUUGUAUCAACACUGGAAUACUCUACACUCAUUUGCUUAAAUAUAUAGAAUGGAUUCAGAUUUAUAUGUAA